AUGUCUUCUUACAACAUCCACCAGAAUCUUUACAGCCUCGUGCUAGCAUGCAACAUCGCGACCGGCUGUACGGGCACCCAAGCAGAACUCCAGCAGAAAAUGGACGACGCGCUGCAGCCCUCUAUCAACGAUCUUGGCAUUGGCGCAUGGAAUGUCGUCUGGGGACCUGCGGUAUGGAAACUACACCCUGACGAAACCUACAACGCUGCCGAUCACAUCUGGUUCGUCGCCCGCGGCGCAGAUGUCGAUAACGGCAGCAAUGCGACAUACGUGAUCGCCAUCGCAGGGCUUGCCGGCAAAUCGGCAGCCAAUUGGGCAGAAGUGCUAAACACUGCUCAAGUCGUCGAUUUCGACACAUUUUGCAAGGACGCUGGUUCGCCGCCUGUAGCUGCUGCGCCAGAAUCCCUUGACCCGCAGAAACCCUACAUUGCGCUCGGGAUUGCGAAUGGCGUUUAUCGUCUAUUGAACGCAGCCUCAGCUGGUCAAGGGACGACGCUCACCCAGUUCCUUGAGGACAUUCCUUGCGAUAGCCGCGUCAUUUUCACGGGCCAGAGCCUUGGAGGAACGUUGUCAUCGACACUUGCUCUGGCCGUUCUUCAAGGCGGCACGCUCAAGAAUGUAUCCCCCGACAAAGUCCUUGUUUACUCGGUCUCCUCUGGUACUUCCGGGAACAGGCCAUUCGCCGACCUCUUCGCCACAUCAUUCCCCCUCAUCUCCGUAGGCGAGAAUCCAUACGAAGUGUGGAAUGCAAAUAUCUGGAACAAGUACGAUAUCGUCCCCCGCUUCUGGAAUACCGGCUCCGUCGAGGAACAGAAUAUGCGGGCUAUUCCAACUGUAUAUGGGGCACUGCCUGCGCCACUCCCCCUUCUGGUGUCUGAAGCAAUCGAACUCAUGAUCGCCAAGCAUGUGAGGCCGUCGCUGGUUGAUUAUGUGCCCAUCCAAGGAAUGAUGUUUGUUCCCGAUGACGCGCCACCUACACCGAAAAAUCUGAUAUGCUUUAUCCGCACCGCCCUUACUCAACACAUUACGGCGUACGUCGACUUCUUUGGGGCGCCUGCCCCUCCUCCGCUAUCCAAGGCAUCCGGCCUCGCAGAGGCGCCGAUCAUCAGUCUUUUCAACGACACAAGCAUGGCUGUUGAGGAAGGGGAGGGUGCACGAACGGAGCUCCGUGGAGUCGACGUGCUACUUGGUGCAUAG